AUGGCGCAGCCAAAUUCAAGGCCUCUCCCAAUCCCAACACGACUCGACGCUCCUCACCAGAACAGAAGCAGGUUUGUUGAUGAGAACAAAACCCUCACCCUUUGGGAGUCUCAUGAUGAGAAACUUGAGUUGGAUGAGAUGAAAACUAUCCAAGGCAAGCGUGACAAAUGGUUACUCUUUCCAAGAAGAACCAUUCGUGAACUACUUGAUUCAACUCAGGUACAUGACUUGAUUUACUUUAUGGUGGCGAUCUAA